GAGGCCCCGCUCUCGGGCAGCGCGUGCGCCGUGAGUGCCCCCGCGCGGCCGGGGGCGGGGCCGCCGGCGCGAGCCGCUGGCGCUGGUUAAAGGUGACAGAAGUUGAAAACACUCUCCCAAAACUACCCUUCUGGCUUCGCUCUUGGGUUCCCCUCCAUCUCCAGGAUGGCAGGUGGCAUCACUGACACCGGAGAGCUUUACUCUCCCUAUGUUGGCCUGGUGUACAUGUUCAACCUCAUUGUUGGAACGGGAGCCCUGACCAUGCCCAAGGCCUUUGCCACAGCAGGGUGGCUCGUCAGCCUCAUCCUCCUGAUGUUCCUGGGAUUUAUGAGCUAUAUGACUACAACUUUUGUGGUGGAAGCCAUGGCUGCUGCAAAUGCCCAACUGAGAUGGAAGAGAAUGGAAAAACGCAAGGAGGAUGAUGAAGAUGAGGAUUCUUCCUCUGGAGUGUCUGACAGUGAUGUUCUCCUCCAAGAUGGCUACGAGCGAGCAGAGACACGGCCUAUCCUAUCAGUUCAGAGACGUGGCUCAGCCAAUAUCUUUGAAAUCACUGAGAGGGUGGAAAUGGGCCAGAUGGCUUCCAUGUUCUUCAAUAAAGUGGGUGUCAACCUCUUCUAUUUCUGCAUAAUUAUCUACCUCUAUGGAGAUCUGGCAAUCUAUGCAGCAGCGGUGCCAGUCUCCCUAAUGCAGGUGACCUGUGUCACUGGCAACCAUUCUUGCAGUGUUGGAGACAGCACAAAAUACAACGACACGGACAAGUGCUGGGGGCCAAUUCGAAGGAUUGAUGCUUACAGGCUGUAUCUGGCAGCUUUCACGCUCCUCCUGGGUCCUUUCACCUUCUUCAAUGUGCAGAAGACCAAGUAUCUUCAAAUCAUGACGUCCCUCAUGAGAUGGAUAGCUUUCAUCCUCAUGAUUAUUCUGGCCCUCAUCCGCAUCAGCAGAGGCCAAGCUGAAGGUCACCCGUCCAUGGCCCAGCUAUCGGGCAUCCGCAAUCUGUUUGGGGUGUGCGUCUAUUCCUUCAUGUGCCAGCACUCCCUGCCAUCCCUCAUCACCCCCAUCUCCAAGAAGAAGCAUGUCAACAAGCUCGUGCUGCUCGAUUACAUCCUGAUCCUGGCGUUCUACAGCCUCUUGUCCUUCACUGCCAUUUACUGCUUCCACAACGACACCCUCAUGGACAUGUACACGCUCAACUUCACCAACUGUGAGAUCAUCAGCGUGGCCUUCAUUCGGUACUUCCUGGGCCUCUUCCCGGUCUUCACCAUCAGCACCAACUUCCCCAUCAUUGCAGUGACCCUGCGCAACAACUGGAAGACCCUUUUCCACAGAGAAGGGGGCACCUACCCGUGGGUGGUGGAUAGGAUUGUCUUUCCUGCCAUCACACUGAUUCCCCCAGUGCUGGUGGCUUUCUGCACCCACGAUCUGGAGUCCUUGGUGGGGAUCACUGGAGCCUAUGCCGGGAAUGGGAUCCAGUAUCUCAUCCCAGCUUUCCUCGCAUACUGCAGUCGGAAGGACACUCAGCUGGUCUUCGGCAGCGGGACGGUGAACAAGCACCUCUCCCCUUUCCGGCACAGCUUCUGGAUUGUGUUCGUGCUCAUUUGGGGUUUCUCUUGCUUCAUAUUUGUGACUGCAAACAUUGUCCUGAGUGAAUCAAAGCUCUGAUGAGGGUUAGCAGCACACUCCCUCUGGAGCUCCAGAGACUCCAGCAUUUCAGCUCCCCCUCCGGAACUGUGCAGUGAUGGGGAGAGGCAGUAUGAAGGGAAGUUUCCAGGCCUUUGGCUUGAUGACACAGACUUUCUUCACUCCACUUCGGGUGUGAGUGGAGUGGAUUCAGCCUUGUUACAGUUCUGGUUCUCGGACGAAGCCCUGGGGCUGAGCCCUUGGCAGCCUACUCCGUUAACCAGUGUCCAGCCAUUCCUGCCUUUGGCUCUGUCAGAGCAGCACAUUCUCUGUCUGUCCCUCUGUGGUUCUCUGUGUGCUGCAGGUCUCGGCACACAGGAGAGAGACAGCCUUGGUUGCAUCACUAAAUGUCCCUUCUCCCAAAGGCAGGAAUGUGCUGUGCAGAAUCCAACAGGAGUUUGGGAUAACUGAGUCUCUUCUUUCUGCUGAGACUCCUUCAGACCAACCUCCUGUGCCAGCUGAAGGAAAACAUAAGGGUGGAAAUAGACCUAAUUCAGAAGGAAAAAA